CCCUGCGGAGCUUUCGCAGCAGCGGCUGGAGGACCAGCAGAGAGAAGAGAUUCCAUCUUCCAGAGUUCGCCACUGUCUGCCUCCCCACUUGACCCCAUCCUCAGUCAUCUUUUUUUUACAUAUAACAACACAUUUCUUAUCUAGUUCUUCAUAGUGAAUGUGGUUUAAAUCUGACAUAACCUAUUGACUUGAAAUUUGAACCUUAAAUGUUAAUUGUUGCUAGAAAUUGUCCUUGGGUUUGAUAAGCUCCACAAUCACAUUGAGUAUUUUAAAUGAAUGGAUUUAUUUCUGAGUUAUAUAAAGCCAUAGGUGAAAAAGUAUUUUUCAUAUUUUUGACUAAUUAGAUACAUAUAAUAUUGGAACAUAUAAAUCCUUUUUCAGUGGGGAAUUUUAUAUUAAUAAAUGGAAUUUCAAGUAAUAAUGUUUGACCAAGUUUGAAAGUUAAAAAUCUUGAGGUCUCCUUUAACAUUUUUCCCUCAAUGUUUUCUUUGAAAAUUUGCAGUGAGGUUUUCUUGUUUACUUAGUAAAUUAUGAAUUAGAAGAAAAUGUAAUUAAUGUCAAAGAACUAAAUUAAGCCCUUUUAUCUAUGGCAACUUAUUUCUCAAAGCAAAUUACCUUAACAGUCAAAAAGUUAAAAAAAAUUCUUAGUGAUUAAUUUUUUUCUUUAUUGCCUUGCUGUGUGAGGAAUUUACAAAUCAAAGUAAAUUUCUCCUAAGUAUCCUUGGAGAACUCAGGGAUGGUUAUUAUCCAGGAAGGCUUUUCCAGCUGCUCUACUUAAUAUUACAUCAUAAGCAUUUUUCAUGUUGCCAUUGUUUUUACUAAUAUUUUAUUGACUGCAUCAUAUCACAUUAAGUCAAUUGGCCAUAAUUUAUUUAACCACCUUGCUAUUGUUCAAUGUCUAGUCCUUGGAACAUAUGAAAUAAUUUACUCUUAGAUUCAGGUCAUGUUCUCAUCAACAUCAUACCAACCAAGUUUGUUUAUUUAAUCAUCUGACCUCUGUAGGUUUCUGUAAUUAUUAUCAUUAAAUGAUAAUAGAAACAAAAGACCACACAAAGAUCAGUAAAUCUAAAGUGUGUAUAUAUACACAUACACACACAUACAUAUAUAUGCAUUUUAAAUGUUCCCUCCACACUCUUUUGCCUGUUUAUGACUAACUUCACAAGUAAUAGCUUUCAUUUCAGUAAUCCAGAUGUGUUAAAAAAUCAAUUUUAUUACUGUUCAAUGAUUCAUUACUUUGUCUUAAGUACUUUGCUGAAAUUUUUCAUGCAGUUUAUCCUUCAAUGCUCACAUUAACUGAAGGAAAAAUAGUCAUUGUUACUAUUCCCACUUAAUAGAUUGGGAAAUUCGGGUUUACAGAAAUUGAACAACUUGUCCAAGUUCACAUAGUAUAUGAAUGGUGAACAUAGAGUUUAAACUACAUAAUCUGCCCACCAUUUUGCUUUAUUAGGAAUUUAUAUAAUUGUUGACAUACCUCUACAACUCAGAAUUUUUCUGUCAAGAAAACUAAUUUUGCAAUUUAUAAUGCUUAAACAUUAUGUUGUCAAUUCUCUCAAUAUAGGGUGUUCUUGACUUGCAACCUCAUAGAUAGAAUUCAGGGAAUCUAUAAACUGGGAUGGGAGGUUCUAACGUCUAAUAAAUUUAGCAUUUUUUUCAUUUGUGAAAACUGAAAACAACACAGUGAUAUUAUCAGUGCUUAUGAUGUUCCUAAUAAAAACCACAGAUGUUUUAAUAUCACAGAGUUGAUGCAGAGAUCUGAAAACAGAGUCUUCAAUACCUUGAUAUUGUAGUAGUUACUAGAGUCUUGUUAUUGGAGUCUGUUAUUUUUUUUAAUAACUUUCAUAGCUAUUUAAGUAAAACAUUUCCCUUGUAAACUAUGUGUUUUAUAUGAAACAUUUUCAAAUAUUGUUCUGGGAAGGUGUCUAUAGAGUUCAACAGACUGCCUAACUGUUCUUGUGGUACAAAGCUCAGCAUAAAAAGUUGUGGCAGUUUGAAAAAACAUCAGUGUUUUCUCAUAGCUACUUAUGUUUCAAUUUACAUGUUAAGGUCCUGAAAGCGUUAAUAAGUUUAAAAAAUUGAAUACCAGAAUCAUAAAAUGAAAAGAAGUUGUUUUACUUUUUACUGAUUUAAAAAUUAUAAUUUAUGAUAAAAUUACCUUGAUGUUGUAUAUGGGAGAAUAUUUAGCAUGUGAAUUGAAAUGGUUUCCCAAAAGUCCAUAAACUUAACAUUUGUAAGUUUUAAUUUAUUUUAAAAACAUGCUUUCAAAAGAUUUUUAGUAAGAGUGAUUGAUUUUAUUCCAUGUAUGAUGUUGCCCAAGUUACCUUGGGUUCCAUUUCUAUCAUUUCGUGAAUUCCAACUCAAAAUCUCCAAGUUGUGUCCUAAGAUACAAAGCAAUUAAACUAUGUUAGGACCUCUACCUGUGGAGGUUCUAAUAAUAGUAUUAGCCUUUUUCAUCUUUAUAGAUCAGAAGUUUAUUGCAGGUCUAAUUAAAGUUAAUGAGAUUAAACCCUAGUUGUAUAUAGAAUAUGAUGCUAAGUAUAUAAAUUAAAUAUAUUGUUGAUCUUGAGACUUUGUUACCUUACUGUUUUGUGGAGGAAUAUUUUGAUAUACAAGGGAAGUAGUGAUUGUAUUUUUUUCUUAUUUUUAUUAAUUUUGCGUUAGUUAUUUAAAUACUUCAUUUAGUGCCAGUAAUUAUAGAUUAGGAUGGUUAGUUUAUUUUCUGGAGGUAUUGUCAAACAAGCUGAGAGAAACAACACUAAAUGCUUUCUGAUCUCCAAUUACCCCUAGUUAUCUGAACAUGUUUCCAUCUGUUACUAAACAAACUAGGAGAGAGCCAUUUUUGCUGGGCGACCAAUCAACUCAACCAAAUACUCUUAUGAAAGGUCAGCUGAGAACAUUCUUACAUAUAUAGAGAAGGAAAUUGCCUGCCUUUGAGAGCAGUUAAGUGACUUGUACAACCUUAAGUCUGGACUACAACCUGCUACUAAUGACAGUCAAUACUAAUGACUUUGAGUAAUUUGUACUAUAUUAUGCUGCCCUACUAAACCCUAAACCCCUCCACCUCUCUUCUGCUAUGAUUUUUUGGUUUCUAUUGAAGUCACAAUUAUUGCCAGUCCAGCAAUGCUAAUGAUGUGGGUAGAAUAAAGUACUAAAAGGGAGCAAUCCUUGUCCUGCCUUCUUUGGGGGCUGCUCACAAUAUUUCUGCCUUUGUAGGAAAUGUCAUCCUAGGCAAUUGAUGACUGCUUUAUAUGAAGAAUUAAGGCAUCAAAUUGACUGCAUUUUGAUGUGUGUUAAUGACCAGACAUGAUGCCAUUAUUAUCUCAGGAACUGAAAUGGCUAAAAAAAUCCAGAAAGAAAUACAAGGAGAUGUGGAUUCAUGGAUUUCCCUGGGGAACAGAAGACCUCACCUCAGCAUCAUUUUAGUGGGUGAUAACCUGGCGAGCCAUACAUACGUCAGGAAGAAGAUCAGAGCUGCCUCUGCUGUAGGUAUCUGUAGUGAGGUCAUUCUAAAACCUAACGAUGUUUCUCAAGAAGAACUGUUGGAUAUAACUGAUCAAUUGAACAUGGACCCGAGAGUCAGUGGUAUAUUAGUUCAGCUACCUCUGCCAGACCAUGUGGAUGAGCGAACUGUAUGCAAUGGAAUUACCCCUGAAAAAGAUGUGGAUGGAUUUCAUAUCAUCAAUAUGGGAAGACUGUGCCUUGAUCAGCAUUGUCUCAUACCUGCCACUGCCUGUGCUGUUUGGGAAAUCCUCAAAAGAACAGGAAUUGAAACAUUUGGGAAAAACGUGGUAGUGGCUGGAAGAUCCAAGAAUGUGGGGAUGCCUAUUGCAAUGCUUCUGCACACUGAUGGAGAGCAUGAACGACCAGGAGGUGAUGCAACUGUGACAAUAGCUCACAGAUAUACUCCCAAAGAACAACUGAAGAUCCAUGCUCAGCUGGCAGAUAUCAUCAUAGUGGCUGCAGCUGUUAAGAAAAAAGCUGGUUUUAUCACUCCAGUUCCCGGGGGUGUCGGGCCCAUGACAGUGCUGAUGCUCCUGAGGAACACCCUUCUGGCUGCCAAAAAAGUCAUUUUCUAGAUCACGUGAGAGAAUAAAGCAACCGAAGUCAUUGUAUUUAUUUAUUUGACAAAGGGCAAAAACCUUUAUAUUUUACUACAAAGCUAUUUAUUUCUACAUUGUAUUUAUUUUUUCAUGGAUGGAAUCAUUGUGGAUCAGAUGAUUCAUACAACUCUGUGCAUUUCCUGCUAAUAAACUUUGAGUUUUACGAAAAAACAAAACAAUUUCAAUGAAAACUUUGUUAACAAUUGUUUGUGAAUAGUAUUUGUUCAUAAGUUUCAAGCAAAAGGGCUCAUAAUAAAUGAAUGUAUUUUUGACAGAAUUAAAUAUCACAGUAUGUUUUCAACAGAUUUUUGUCAUUCAAAUGGGCACCCACAUAAAGCGUGAUUUAGGUUGUGUCUUAAGCAUGCUUAUGUGUUUUAUGUUCUUUAGUAUAUGUUGAAAGUGAUUAUUUGCUAAAAGAGAAGAUUUAAAAAUAGAAUCUGGAUCUCAUAAAUCUCCCAUCUGUGGCCUGUGAGACAUGAGGAAUGAUGCUCUACUCAAGGAAAGAAAAAUAUACAAGGAAGGCAAACAGAAUGCAGUGCUACUUGAAAGAUAUUGAUCAUUGCAAAUUGUGAAUGAUUUACUUGCAAUAGUAAAACUAUAAUGAGAAUUUAUUAGGUUUACAUGUAAUUUUGCUGUUCCAGAAAAGUUUUUAGAUAAUAUCUUAGUGAGGAAUAAUGUAAAACCCCCAACAAAUACACAGCACAAAAGCUAAGGUUGUGUUUUUGUACAAAUACUCAAAAAAUAUAUCAGAUGAAGUGAGGCCUUUAUUAAAGAAGCCUUAUGUUUCCACAAAUUUGGAAAUCUUGAGCCAGUGUGCCAAAGCUAAGCCUUAGGACAUGACUGAAAAUCUACUGCUUUAUUAUUCACAGUUCUUCCCUCUUUUGUUGUGGCAGUUGGUUCUCAAACUAGAUGCCGUGUUUCUAACAUAGCUUAAAAUAGGAAAUACAUGUGGAUGUCAGUUGAAGGCAAUUGUGAGACUGUUCUAGCCAUAUAAUUACAUUGUUUUAAUGUCCAAAACCAAGUAUUCUAUACUAAUAAUGACCCUUACCCCAUGGCAUGUCUUUAUUAGUGUGUACUUUUGAUUGUGUGUAUGAAAUACACUAGAUGUUUAUAAUUAAUAAUUCAACUGUAUAAUAAAGGCAAUUUGA